GGUUGUACUCUGUUGCUGAUCCAAUCUUACCCACGAGGACUGUAGAGACUGCAGGGAUUGGUGAGUAGGAAAAUUCCAUCAAGUUCAGGCUACAGUAAAAGACUAUUAAAGCUUCUACAGGACAGCAAUGUGCCUUAGCAGAGAAGGGGUUAAACUGAGUUAUCUGAUACUGUAAAGUGGACAAGUACAGCUGGGUUAUGACGCAAUCCUCAGUGCACAGGCAGUCCAAUAACUAAAAUGCUCAAGAAAGAACAAAUACAGAGCAUGAAGGCCACAACCCCACCAAAACCGAAGCCAGAUGCGAGAUGCCUCAUGUGAGGAAGUCGUUUUCUUCUCCGAAACACUAAUGCCUAGGCUUCUGAUGAGGACUUAAUGAUCUUUGCCUCCAGAAGUUACAAGAUGGCCAAUUCAACCACCACAGAACCUCCAAACCAGCCCUGCUCCCGGAACACCCUUAUCACGCAGCAGAUCAUUCCUGUGUUGUACUUUGUGGUCUUCAUCACAGGGAUCCUCCUCAAUGGAGUAUCGGGAUGGGUAUUCUUUUAUGUGCCCAGCUCUAAGAGUUUUAUCAUCUAUCUCAAGAACAUAGUUGUGGCUGACUUUCUGAUGGGCCUGACUUUCCCUUUCAAAGUCCUUGGUGACUCAGGCCUUGGUCCCUGGCAGGUGAACGUGUUUGUAUGUAGGGUCUCUGCCGUGAUCUUCUAUGUUAAUAUGUAUGUUAGCAUCGUGUUCUUUGGGCUCAUCAGCUUUGACAGGUAUUAUAAAAUUGUAAAGCCCCUUUUGACUUCUUUUGUCCAAUCAGUGAACUAUAGCAAACUGCUCUCUGUGGUUGUGUGGAUGCUCAUGCUUCUCCUCGCUGUCCCAAACAUCAUCCUGACAAACCAGAGUGUCAAGGAGAUUACGAAAGUGCAGUGUAUGGAACUCAAAAAUGAGCUGGGACGGAAGUGGCACAAAGCAUCUAACUAUGUCUGCGUGAGCAUUUUCUGGAUUGUGUUUCUUCUACUAAUCAUCUUCUACACCGCCAUAACGAGGAAAAUCUUCAAGUCUCACCUCAAGUCCAGAAAGAAUUCCAUCUCGGUCAAAAGGAAAUCUAGCCGCAAUAUAUUCAGCAUCGUGCUUGUAUUUGUGGUCUGCUUUGUACCUUACCACAUUGCCAGAAUCCCUUACACCAAGAGUCAGACAGAGGCUCAUUACAGCUGCCAGUCAAAGGAAACCCUGCUCUACGUGAAGGAAUUCACUCUGCUGCUCUCUGCUGCAAAUGUGUGUCUGGACCCCGUUAUUUAUUUCUUCUUAUGCCAGCCAUUUAGAGAAGUCUUAAGUAAGAAGUUACACAUCUCAUUAAAGGUCCAGAAUGACCUAGACACUUCCAAAACCAAGAGGGGAAAUACAGUCCACGAAAGCACAGACACUUUGUGAAUCCCCAUCCCCUUUCCAAGUACUGUCCAUGUUGUUACCUGAUAAUUAAGAAGUAUAAAUAAAAUGCAUGCUUAUGAUGAUAAGUAACUUAUCUAGCAGUAUUAUUCAACGGUAAGAAUGAAGUUCAAAAUAAUCAGUGCAAUGAAAUUCAAAGUUUCCAUGUAAAAAGAAAGUCUGUGCAUAUCACAAUGUUUUAGAAAUGGAAUGAAUGGGGGGCUGUCUUGUGGUUUCUGGUCUAUGAGUUACCAAACUAAACCCUUCUCUGCUAUUAAUUUGCUUCUUAGAAGACACUUAAUCUUUCAGGUGUGCCUCCUAAAUAUUUUUCUAUUAAUGCUCAUAUCUACUUCAUGUUUUACAUUCUGUAUGUACCAAUAAACAAGUUGUCUUCAAAACCA